GUGAAAUUAUUUUGCCAUUUACAAAACCGGUUUCGCGUCGCAUCAACAUAGCACAUGCAUAUUCUCGUCUGCAACUCGAAGAAACUCACGCUCGCUUCUGGGUAACUGCAUCUUGUUUUCUUGCUCUUGAUCCUUGUGCCAAGAUCUGCUCGCCAGAGUGGACAAUGUGUGUAGCAUUGUGGUAGCAUCAUGGUAGACACUGAAGAGUCCCCACCGGUGGCGCCCGGCGACGAGGUCAAGCCGUACAAAAUCCACGUCUCGAGCAGGUACCUGGACCUCACCAGGCAGAAGCUGGAGCUGACCCGUCUUCCCCACGAGAGCACACAGCCUCCGUCCGAGGACUGGUGGGAGCCCAAACCCCAGGUAGAACCGCUCAUUGAUUUUUGGCUCGAGAAGUACUCGUGGCGCGAGCAGGAGGAGAGCCUGAACAAGACUCCCCAGUUCCGCACGUCGAUAUCCAUCCCAUCCUCAGAGACGCCCCUUCGGCUCCACUUGAUCCAUGUUCCCUCGCCUCAUAGCCAUGCCCUGCCGCUCCUGUUGAUACCCCCUUUCCCAUUCUCCAACCUCGCCCUCGCCCAUCUGGUGAAGCCCUUCACCGAGCCCGAGGAUGCGUCCGUGGACCAGCCGUUCCACCUGGUCAUACCGGCCCUGCCGGGGCUCGGCUUCAGCGACCCCUUCCCAAACAACACGCCCGUGAUCCCGGCGACGGCCGAGAUGCUCAACACGCUGAUGCUGCGCCUCGGGUACGAGCACUACCUGGUCAGCAACUCGGGCGCCGCGCAGUCCUCGCCCGCCAGGAUCGACUGGAAGCUCAUCGAGAGCCUCUCGUCUGGCUACCCGAGCUCAUGCCUCGGCGCCCACCUCAUCUCCCCGCCGCUGUGCUCACCGAAGCUGUCCGAGUCGCCCCUGGAGUGGGCCAAGUGGACCAUCGCCAAUGUGCUCAACGCGCCGAUCCUGGGGUACAGCAAGGAGGAUCUUUCCGCGCACAAGCACUGGCAGGCGACCGUGGCUCUGGCGCACAAGAAGAAGGCCCUCACGCCGUCUGAGUUCGGCCUGGACAAUGUAGGGCUGAAGGAGCCAAACACACUGGCAUACGCAAUGUGCGACUCCCCCACGGGGCUUCUCGUCUUCGCCCUCAAGGGCCUGCGCCUUCUCGCACCCCGGCUGCCGUUCACGCCGCAACAGAUCAUCACCUUCACCAACCUGGCGUGGCUGCCGGGACCAGAGUACGCAAUGCGCUUCUGGGCGCAUUGCGCCACGCAUGACGACAGCGACGACAAGAGGGAGGCGCCCAAGAAGCCGGCGGCAAGACCGAGAGUCGGCAUCACCGUCUUCCUUGGGGAGACGGAGACGGAGACGGAGGCGGAGACAGGAGGAGAGGGCGGGGGAUCUGACACCACCGCCGCUCUGGAAGCAGGUGAGACGACGGUCCAGGUAGAUGCGCCCACCAAAGCCGAUGCAGGCACGGGCUAUGUGUGCCCGGCGUGGGCCAACGCACACUACAGCGUCCUGUUCUCGCAGCGGGUACGCGGGGUGCCGGGCCUGCUGGCCUGGGAGAGGCCGCACGUCAUCCUGACCGGCCUGAGGGGCCUCUCUGCUGAGUUGCUGAAGGCCAACGGGCGGUUCUGGACCUCGACGGCGGACGCAGACAACACCGUCCCCAUGGAGGGAGUGGCGGCCCCGGAUGGGCCAGCUGGGGGUGACGGCGGCCUGAUGCCACCGCCACGGCCGAUCCUCGAGCAAGGCGACAGCUCCCGGACCCAGGUUGCGUCACAGCCGCCUUCCAGCCCCAAGGGCAAGGAACCCGAGGUGGCGUCCCCUUCGAUGUCGCCCCAACCACUGAAGCCCGAGGAGGAGUGGGAGGAAGAACGGUCCAUUAGAGAGGGCACUCCUGAUACCGUCGUCCUGGUGACGGCACCCAAGGAGGACUCGGAGGACACCAAGUGAGCCGCGGUCCCUACCUCUGGCUCUGGUCCAUGACGCAGAAGAGACGAGAACAACAACCGCACGACUUCCCUUUGUCAACGAUACCAUAUUUCUCCAGCAUGCAUACGGCAUACAAGCAACAAUUGAUCACGCGCAUUUGGGCGACGGGAAAAAAGGAUGGACGGGUGGAUAAUUGGGGGAAGCUUCCACGGGCCAAAUGAAGGCGUCAUACCCAUGAUGAUUUCCGGAGUGGGGAAGAAGGACUCCUAUUCUUUGUAAUACUGUUCAACAGCAUAGCGCACACACAUGAAGCCAUCAAAUGAAGCAGUUCGGAAUGUGGUGUUCUCAGUUCGUUUCAAUAUCUUGAACAACAACCGAGGCAGCAGACGGGUGACAUUGAACAAAGUUGUCGGACAGGUCUCGUUGUCGGGGGCCACGGGGAUUAAGAUCUUAGGCUCACAGGGAUCAAGUGUCCAAUGGGCGAGCCUCGUGCACUCCUUUUGGGGUACAACACUUCGCACAAGGAUGACCUUGGUUUUGUCUUGACCAGCAGAUGCGCUGCAGAUGGAGGCUAUCUACUGUUCAAGUGUAGAUGUAUUUCUCAGGCUUGCUAUGGGCGGUGUGUGCCUAGGUACAUAUGUAGGAUACCAAUGUGGAAUUUGCCAGCAAGGGCAUCCGGGUUUCA